UCAUCGAUUCGGUUCAACUGUUACGUCAAAAUUCAAGGCUGCGGCAGUGCGCAUGUUUUAUAAAACUAAUUGGAUUCCAGCAAAGUAAAUUAGUCUCAUCACUUAAUGCUGAGUUGUGCGUUGCGGCAUUGUUCGCGGUAUAUCCAUAAAAUGGUACCUGAAGUUGUAUUCGUUUUGGGUGGCCCUGGCGCCGGCAAGGGGACGCAGUGCUCCAUGAUUUCUAAAGAAUAUGAUUUUGUACAUCUUUCUGCUGGAGAUUUAUUACGUGAGGAGCGACAAAGACCCGGAUCUGAAUACGGAGAGAUGAUCGAGGAAAAAAUUCGCAACGGCCAGAUCGUACCAGUAGAGGUUACGUGCUCUCUGAUUCACAAGGCCAUGCAGAAGUCCGGGAAGCAGCGUUUCCUUGUUGAUGGAUUCCCACGCAACAAGGACAACUUGGAUGGAUGGGAACGUGUCAUGUCCGACAAAACCAAGUUACUCUUUGUAUUAUUCUUUGAAUGCUCCCCGGAAAUAUGUACGGAGCGGUGUUUGGGUCGCGGCGCGGCCGGCAGUGGGCGAUCAGACGACAACCUAGACAGUCUCAAGAAGAGAUUCAACACUUAUUUAAAUGAUACCUUACCAAUCAUUAAUCACUAUGAUAAAUUGGGGCUGGUGCGCAGGAUCAACGCGGAAGUAUCUCCCAAUGAAGUAUUUCAAGAUGUAAAGGCCGCAUUCGAUAAAGUUGGAAUGCAACAGUUAGCUAAUAAUUAGUGAAUUUAUCAUAAUAAGUAGGUCAAUCGGGAACUGUUCAUUGCAAAACAUUGUCUAGGGUAAGGUAAUAUUGGAUGUUAUUUAGAUAAAUCCGUGAGCUUUAAAAGCUAAGCAAAGCUUGGGAGAUCUGUAGCACAUACAAUUAUUGUAUUGCAAGCCUCUACAUAGAGACAGUAUCAUCUAGCUGGUAGGUAUCAUUGUCAUCUGCAACAUUUGUAUAGUGCACCUCGUUGAGAUUACUUUAGUACCAUAAAUUUGACCUUCUCAAUCUUAAAAUAAUUUGUAUUAUUAUCAAAGUUUUUGCUGAAUGUGUUAAAUCAUGAUUAUACAAAAACUUGCUUAAAAUAUAGAUUAAAUUGCCAACUCAUCAUUAUAGGCGUAACAAAUUGAUCAUUGAUAACAAAUUUAUAUAUUGUAUUAUAUUAUUUUUUAUAAAUAUUUUGAUCCAUUGGGUGUGGUUCACUUUGUAAAUGAAAUAUAGUUGUAUUAUUGAUUCUUU